CCCGCCCACGCGCCGCCUCUCCUGGUCUCCCCCCCUCCCGUUAGUUAGAGCCCAUAGCCAUAGCCAUAGCCACCUCCAAGCUCCAAACCCUAGGGAUCUAUUCCACCAUAGUUAGGUGAUUCUAUCGUAGGGGAGUUAGUAGUCGCCGCGGGGCCCGGAUCGGAAGGAAUCGGAGAAGAGCCGAGCAAAUCGUAGAUCUGCGGGAGGGGAUAGGAUUCGCGUGCGGGGGGUUGCAGCGGCAGGAAUCUGAAGAUCUCCAGGAUGCCUGAAGUGAGAAAUUCCGGCGGUAGGGCGGCGCUCGCCGACCCCUCGGGUGGUGGGUUCUUUAUCAGGAGGACGACGUCGCCGCCGGGAGCCGUGGCGGUCAAGCCGCUGGCUCGGCGGGCCCUGCCGCCGACGAGCAACAAGGAGAACGUGCCGCCGUCCUGGGCUGUGACCGUGAGGGCUACACCCAAGAGGAGGAGCCCCCUGCCCGAGUGGUACCCGAGGAGCCCACUCCGCGACAUCACGUCAGUCGUCAAGGCAGUUGAGAGGAAAAGUCGCCUCGGAAAUGCUGCGGUUCGGCAGCAGAUCCAGUUGAGUGAAGAUUCUUCACGAUCUGUGGAUCCAGCAACUCCAGUACAAAAAGAAGAAGGUGUCCCUCAAAGCACACCAACACCACCAACUCAAAAGGCCCUGGAUGCUGCUGCCCCUUGUCCUGGCUCAACCCAAGCUGUUGCAAGCACAUCAACAGCUUACUUGGCCGAGGGCAAGCCGAAGGCAUCAUCUUCUUCUCCAUCUGACUGCUCCUUUCAGACACCAUCCAGACCAAAUGAUCCAGCUCUUGCUGAUCUCAUGGAGAAGGAACUGUCCAGCUCCAUAGAGCAGAUAGAGAAGAUGGUAAGGAAGAACCUCAAGAGAGCUCCGAAGGCUGCUCAGCCUUCCAAGGUGACCAUCCAGAAGCGCACCCUGUUGUCCAUGAGAUGAGAUGAGAUGAGAUGAGCUGAUCACACUGUCCAGAGGAGAGAGUGAGGCCUGCUCAGGCCUGCAACUGCGAGGUUUUCCCACUUGUCUGCUGCUUUCUUAGCCGCUAGUCCUAGCCAAACCCUUUGCAUCAGCUGCUCUUCUUCCAUCCCUGCUGUGAUCCUGGGCUUGUUGAGGCAUGGUGCUCAGUUUUGUGUACCAUUGAGGGGGAUCUCUGCUUGAGGACCCUGGGAUAUGGGGGGGUAGCCUAGCUCUCUUCUUGAGGGCAUAGAUAGGAUUAGCUGUUGAUAAUACCAUUCGUCGUACUGGUACAUGCUUACUGCAGCAGACCUUCAACUGUGUAUAGCUUCUGUAUAUUUUUACUGCACGCUCCAUUGAGACAUCGACAACUGUUAGUAGCUAACAAGACAAGAUUUUCUGUGACUCUGUUAUUGUAUUAACUACAGUAUGGCACUUCUGUCGUA